AUGGUAGGUCCGCAGCCACAUUUCAUGGUCAGCUUCUUUGAUCCGGAGACGAAUGCCAGCUGGUCUUCUCUGGUCUUUGCGCACCCAGGGUUUGCUGACUGCGAGACAUCUAAUGGCACUCACAUCGACAUUGCUGCUGCCCUGGAUCCAAGGGAUGCAGCAGCAGGUAUGGUGAAGCCUGGCAUCCUGGUCGGCGCAGUUGCCAUUGACUUCAUGACGAGACGUCGGAAUCGCUUCAAUGGAGUAAUCAGCAAGGUCAAGGAGAAUGGACAUUUUUCGAUCCAGAUCACGCAGGCCUUUGGGAAUUGCCCCAAGUACAUCACCCGGCGGAAAGUGAAGCGAAUGGGUAGCAACCUCGAGUUCGCGUCCGAGCCGGCGUCGGAGGAUAACAAGAUUGGCAAGCUGGAGGCCUCGAUCAUCUCCAGCGCAGAUAACAUGUACUUCGGGACUGGCACUGCAGAGCACGGGGCUGACAUGAACAUCCGCGGUGGCUCUCCAGGGUUCGUGCGUGUUGUGCAUGGUGGCAGCACCAUUUGUUGGCCGGACUACACAGGCAAUGGCUUCUACAUGAGUCUUGGCAACGUGCAGCUGCAGAAAUCGGCAAGCCUGGUGUUCGUCGACUGGGACGACACAGGCCGAGGUGUUCAAGUUGCAGGCGAGGUGCGCACGCUUGAGAGGUCCGAGAUCAGUGACCCAGAGAUGCUAAAGAUCUUGGAAGAAGAGCCGCAGUCCUUGCGACUGGUGGCGAUGUCAGUGCAGAAGCUCUGCUCCAUUCCACGGUACAGUCCGCAUGUGUACCAGACAGUGGAGCUCAGCCCAUACAACCCACGCCGCGCCGGCUCUGGACCGGAAUUCCUGGCAGUCCUGCAAUGGGUGAGACCGGAGUCGCAGGACGUCCGAACCUUUGAGUUCCAGCUGGCACCUUUGCCACGCCCAGGGUCGAUCGUGCUCAAGCCAGGGCAGCAUGUCAGGCUGGCCUUACCAGCUUUGCAAGGAAAGGAAGCUUCGGCACCGGAACGGACCUGGACAGUGACUUCCUCACCACAGUGGUUUGCAGACCACGGCCGCUUCCAGAUCUCAGUGAAACUGAAGCAGGGUGGCCUGGCCUCCACAUGGCUGCACAAGCUCACCCGCAAGGAGAUGGAGACGGCCAGGCUGCACUUCCUUGGCUUCGCAGGUGAAUUUGGGCCGCAGCUCGACCCCAGGAGCGGGGAUCUCCGCAAGACGAUGCCCCGCCACAUCAUCUUCCUCACGGCCGGGAUCGGCUCCACCCCGGCGGUGGCUGCGAUCAGUGCCCUCGAGGCGGCUCCUCGGCCAGAGACAUUGACCAUCUUCCAUUCGGUCCGAAAGCUCUCGGAGGCCAGGGGAGCACUCAAGACUUAUGCGCAGCUCUUCCAAGUGACCUCUGCUAUGCAGGCGGCUUUCUUGGAGCUGUUAGCCUCGGCCAGCACGAUGUUGGAGCCUUUGGGCAUCCGCUACAAAGUCGUACUUUCCCUUACUGGACCAGAUGCAAUCGGCGAGAAGAGCCAGCUGGACCGCAUGCUGAAGGGCAACUCCAUCAACUCUGUCCAGGUUGAAGCUGGCAGGUUGUCUGCCAAGGUGUUGUUGGAUCAUCUGCCUUCUCCAAAACCUGAAGAAGUCGAGGGCUUCCUUUGCGGCCCUGCCGGCUUUGAGUCUGCAGCGACAGAUGCUUGGACUACGGCCCUUCAGCGCACUAAUGUUGCGGGGAGCGCCUACGGCAACAGCGGGAAGCGUAUUUCCUUCCGCGAGGAGGUCCGCCAGGUGAUGUCGCGAGUGGCAGACGGGACUUCCUCUCAAUCUCCUACUGCCUCGGCUUCGCUGAUUCGCGCGAAGAGGAGAUGGAGGGUUGUGCACAGCUUCAGGAGCGGCCUUGCUGAGCCCCUGAAUGAGCUGGACUGUUACAGGAAGGCUGCCAUGGUUUUGUACGAGGCUAUUCGCCUCAGGGGCUUCACAGACCCCCCAACGAAUCCGGCGGCUUGGUACGCCUACAAGCACAAGACCCGGUUGGAGAAGUGGGCAGCGCCGGCUGUUUGGACGCUGCUCUUUCUCGACCUUGUCGAGACUCCACUCUGGUGCAACAGCAAGCUGAACUCUGCAGGAGGCAUUUGCCCUGCGGCUGACAGCCCGGAAUACCUCCUCAGUGGCUUGCCCUAUCUCCCUGUAGCCUGGGCCGUCUGCCUUGAGCUGUUCAUCCUUGCGUUCCUCUUGCUGCACUUCGUGUUGCACCUGAGGCUCUUCGUGGCCGUGCGGGGCCACGGCCACACCACCACAGCAGGACGGCUCGUGCUGGAGGCCUCGCUGAUCUUUUUGAGCUUCGCCGACUUGGCUGCAUUCUUUGCGGGCUCCACACGGCGGAUCGCUCCGGUCCUGAGGUUCGGCCUCGCCGCAUGCGCCGUUCCACGGCUGCAGGAGUUGGUGCUGUCCUUCUUCCGAACGACGCAAGCUGUUAGCAAGGUUGGAAUGUUCCUGGUCUAUACAGUGAUCCUCUUUGCGUUCGUGACUGCCUCCAUGUUUGAUGAUUUGCAGGAGAAUGACCCGUUUGGUACUCCAGCAAAUACAGGCUUCACUUCGUUUAGCGACUCAAUGUACACAUGCUUUGCAGCUCUGACAACGGCAACGCUGCCAGAUGCCAUGGUGCCAACCUACAGCCUGCGACGGGCCUAUGCUCUCGUGUGGCUACCUUUCAUCUUUAUGGGUUCUGUGCUCCUCAAGCAGGUGAUCCUUGCUGGUGUCUACAAUGAUUACAGCCAGCAUGCCAAGAACAACUUGGUGAAAGGUCGCAAGCUCCGACAAUCUGGGAUUGAGUGCGCAUUUGCCCUGCUGAGGGACGACCACCAUGAGAAGGGAAAAGCGGUGAGGUUUCAGGAUUUCGAGCGUCUGGUGGAUGCAAUGAGUGUCCUCUUGGAGAUGUCGGCCACCAAGGACAUGCUACGGGUCAUUUUCGACGCGCUGGACGACAAUCUUGAUGGCGUGUUGGAAUGGUCUGAGUUUGAGGAGAUGUGCGACGUGCUUCAGUUCAAGUUUGACAUCACGAAGCGUGAUGCCGCCUUGAGAGAGUGCUUCACUGGCACAUGUGCGGAGAGGUGGAUGCAGGCAAUUAUGGAAAAUGGCACGAAAGGGCCGAACCUAGGCUACGCUUCACGAUAUCCAGGCUCGCAGAUGGACGUGAUCAUGAACCUCAUCGUCACUCUCAAUGUGGUCUGGGUCAUUGGCGAGUCCGUUUUCGACAUGAAUGACAUCCAGGAGCCGAGCUGGGUGGUCAACGUGGACCUAUUCUUCUCCUUGGUCUAUCUGUUUGAGGCAAUCCUGAAGCUCUGCUAUUGGUCCUGGGAAGAAUAUUGGUUCCACGGCGACAACAGGUUCGACUUUAUCACAAGCAUCAUUCUGAGUGCUGUUGCCAUCGUCUUCCUGACCGUGCACCACAUCCCUGUAGAGACGCUGCGCAGUGCCAACGUGCUUCGCUUGCUGCGGGUCCUGAAAGCCCUGAAGCAUGUGAAGACCUACAAACGUACGAGCAUGAUAGUAGGGAAGCUUUUCAGCACUUGCCGAGAGGUUCUCCUGCUAAACAUGCUGGUUGUUCUGCUUUGGGCCUCUAUUGGUGUCCAGGUCUUUGGAGGACGUUUGGUGCCUUCGAACCCUCGGCUUCCAGAGGAUCUGGGCUACUUUGAAAACCAAUAUCAGGUACUGAACUUCAAUGAUGUGCUAAUGGGGAUGAUGACGCUUUUCAUGUGGACCCUUGGAGAGUGGAAUGAUGAUCUGGCCACCGCGUGCUUAGAGCUGGCAGAGCCGUACUCGAUGGAGAAGGCUGUGAUUUGGACCUUCCUGCUCUCAUUCUACGUGGCAUCACCCCUCUUGGCCUACAACGUGCUGUCUGCCUUCGCCAUCGACGUUUAUCAGAACAUCGAGAGCAGCGUCUCCAGAGAAGAGGAGGAAGGCUCGAGGGUCUGCGAAGUGGAGCGCAAUCUGCUGAAGAUCCAGGCAGAGCUGGCCGAAGAUGGCUGGGUGCUUCACAUUCAGGAGUCUGCUGAUCUCGCCAAGCUCCGCGUGCACACGUCCCUCUUCAACGUGGAGUGA